AUGGAAACCGCUGCCAGUAUCAUAGCAGUUCUGCAACUAUCGGAGAAAGUCAUCAAAUACAUUCGCGAUGUCGCAGGAGCCACCGAAGAUCGCAAACGGCUUCGUGAACAGGUGCGAGCCUGCAGCAAUAUCCUCUUGACACUCAGGGAUGGGGUAGAAGACUCUGAAGAGGGGCAAGCAUGGGCCGAGACUGUUGAACUGCUCGCCUCGCCCCUUGCGCGACUCCAGACGGCUCUUGAGCUCGCUGCGCUCAAACUCCAAGCUAAAAGUAGCACCAAAGAGAGGUUAAGAUGGCCCUUCAAGGAGAAAGAAGUCCAGAAACUUGUCGAAGCAAUCGAGAGCGAGAAGACUGUGUUGAUACUGUCUCUCGACAACAAUUCAGCGAGACUGCUCCAAGAGAUCAACAUUCGCUCCAAACAAAGUGAUAAGCAAAUCCGGGAACUGGAAUCUCUGUUGAGACUGCACGCUACUAGCAACAAAAGCGACGCUAGAUAUCUGAAAGGGGCCGUGACUACAAUUCAAGAUAAACAGACUCAACUACAAGAUGACCUCAGUUCAUUGAGGCAGGCAACGAAGGAGAAGGAGAUGGCAAACAAUCUGCUUGUGAUGCUCGAUUGGCUCUCGCCUAUUGACCACGCUUCACAACACUAUGAUAAAAUUUCCAGUCAUCAGGCCGGCACAUGUCAAUGGUUUUUGGAUUCCAAGAAGUAUACAACUUGGGUGGACGAAGUCCGCAAUUGCACACUGUUUUGUCCAGGAAUUCCUGGAGCAGGAAAGACUGUGUUGGCAUCUGUUGUAAUAGCCGACUUGAGGAAAACUUUCAGGGAAUACAGCAACGUGACAGUAAUAUUCUUUUAUUGUCAUUUCAAACGACAGAAAGACCAAACGGUGGAUGGCAUCCUGUCCAGCCUUCUGAAACAGCUCAUGGAGAGGCGAGUGGAAGUGUCCCAAGCGGUCAAAGAUCUCUUCUACGAACGAUAUGGACUCGGCCAGAAUCGUCCGAAACGUGACGAGCUCUUCGAACUUCUUCGAGCCGAACUAUCUACUUACCGUGAGGUCUUGGUCGUCUUGGAUGCUUUAGACGAGUGCGAUGCCAGCAUCGAGACGCUGGGACUGCUUGCCGAUCUCCAGACAAGCUUCGCACAAUCGCAGAAAGGGUGUAAAGUCAAGUUGAUGGCUACGUCGAGACUCAUUCCAGAGCUUGUCGAGCAUUUCGGUGAUGCUGAAACGCUUGAGAUCAUUGCAAGCAACGCAGAUGUCCGCAUGUAUCUCGAAACGGAGAUACAGCGCAAAUCCAAGCUCGCCAAACUGGAGAGGUCGCUCCAGGACGAGAUCAAGUCCAGGAUCAUAGAUUCGGUCCAAGGGAUGUGA